GCUUUAAUGAUGUCUGCAGGCUUGGAGAUCCUCGGGAUGAUCCUGGCCGUGGCCGGUUGGCUGGGGGUGAUGGUGGCCUGCGGCCUGCCCAUGUGGCGGGUGGCUGCCUACAUCGGUCAGAACAUUGUCAUCUCCCAGGUGAUCUGGGAAGGCUUAUGGAUGAACUGUUCGGUGCAGAGCACAGGCCAGAUGCACUGCAAGGUGCACGACUCAAUGCUGGGGCUACCAGUAGACCUGCAGGUGGCUCGUGCCUUGGUCAUCGUCUCCAUGGUGCUGUGCAUUGUGGGCAUCGGUCUGUCAGUGGCUGGCGCCAAGUGCACCAACUGUAGCCGGGAUGUGAUGAGUAAACCACGGCUCGUGGUGGCUGCUGGAGUAACCUUUGUGGUGGCCGGACUGCUGCUGCUGGUGGCUGUGUCCUGGACAGCCCACGCCAUUGUCCUGGGCUUCCACGACCCGCUGCUGGAACAGACGGGGAAGAGGGAGUUUGGUAAUGCUCUGUACUUUGGCUGGGCUGCCUCCUGCCUGCUGAUUCUAGGGGGGGUCCUGCUCUGUUGCUCCUGCCCCCCCAGAUCAUCUGCAGCGCUAAUCGGUGGCAGCUCUGUGCCUCCCCGGGUGAACUACUCAACUGUAAAAACCAUGUCAGUCAAUGGAUACACCAGAAGAGACUAUGUAUGA